UCUCUCACACCCUUAUUCUCAAAACAAAAACUAGCUACUACAGCAUCUAUAGGCUAUAGCAAUCUUCAAUGGCAUCCCUUAUUACUCCAGAUCAGUUCUCUGCUAACCAAGAUGCCGAGGCUCUGCGAAAGGCGUGUCAAGGGUGGGGGACUAAUGAGAAGGUCAUCAUCUCCAUACUGAGUCAUAGAAGUGCAACUCAAAGAAAAGAAAUCAGGGUCGCUUAUGAACAACUUUAUCAAGAAGAUCUUCUCAAGCGCCUUGAAUCUGAGCUCUCUGGUGAUUUUGAGAGAGCGGUGUAUCGUUGGACAUUGGAUCCAGCUGAUCGUGAUGCUGUUUUGGCUAAUCUGGCCAUUAAGAAACCUGAUGAGACUGACUACAAUGUCAUCAUCGAAAUCUCCAGUGUUCGGUGUCCUGAAGAGCUUCUAGCUGUAAGAAAAGCUUACCAGCUUCGCUACAGGUGCUCCUUGGAAGAAGAUCUAGCUCAACACACCGCUGGUGAUAUCCGCAAGCUUUUGGUUGCUUUGGUGACUGCUUACCGUUAUGACGGUAAUGAGAUCAAUGAAAAGUUGGCAAGUUCAGAAGCUAAUAUUCUUCACGAUGCAAUCAAAGAGAAGUGUUUUAAUCAUGAAGAAAUUAUUAGGAUCCUGAGUACAAGGAGUAAGACACAGCUCAUGGCUACAUUCAACAAAUACAGAGAUGACCAUGGCAGUUCUAUCAGCAAGAAUUUAUUGGGGGAUGGGACUAGUAAUUUCCAGAAGGCAUUACACGUAGCCAUUCGAUGCCUCAAUGACCCCAAGAAGUACUUUGAGAAGGUACUACGCAAUGCCAUCAUAGGGACAGGGACCGAUGAGAAUGCUCUCACUCGGGUGAUUGUUACAAGGGCAGAGAGGGACUUGAGGGACAUCAUGGUGGUUUACUACAAGAAGAACAGUGUUCCUCUUGAACAGGCUGUGGCCCAAGAAACUUCAGGGGACUACAAAACUUUCCUCCUUACUCUGUUGGGAAAGAACUAAGAUCCCUCUCUGAGCAAAUUCGAAUCAAGCUAGUGAGCUAUGAAUGAUGCUGAUGUUUUCUAUUUGUGUUUGAUGAGUGUUUAUGUUCUAUAGUGUGUCAUUAGUUUCUUUGCAUGCGGUAUUCGCAGUGUGACUAUCUGUCUAUAUCAAUGUUCCUGGAGAGGGAGUUUUUAUGUGAAAAGUGUAUCUAAUGAAGGAAUUUAGAGUGCAA